AUGAGUGCAAACUGGUUGCUUUUCUUGCGAUCAUUUCUCUUCGCCAUCCUGACACACCUUGCAGCAUUUUCCACACCCAUUCACAAGGCACCACCAGCACUGAACGGCACCAACGUUGAUCGUCUAGCAUUGCUUGCUAUUAAAUCCAUGAUUAAAGGUGACCCACAAGGUCUCUUGACCUCAUGGAACCAUUCCAGCACUGAUUUCUGCCAAUGGCAAGGCGUUACAUGCAGCCCUCGCCACCAAAGAGUCACCCACUUGAACCUCACAUACGGAGGCUUAACUGGUACGUUGUCUCCUUCUGUCGGAAAUCUAAGCUUUCUCAAGAGCAUUUGGCUUUUUCACAACUCAUUUUCCGGUGAAAUUCCACCUGAAAUUGGGCGUCUCUUUAGAUUACGAGAACUACGUCUUUUUUACAACAGUUUCACGGGAAACAUUCCGGCCACCAUAGUGAAUUGCUCCAACCUCCAAAUCCUUAACUUGGGUAACAAUAAUCUGGUCGGCAAGAUUCCAGAUGGGAUUGGUUCAUUGUCCAUGCUAAGCUUCCUCUCCCUUCACGAUAACAUUCUACAAGGCGGGAUUCCACCCUUCAUCGCAAAUCUUACAUUGCUUGAUACGCUUUCUCUCGCCAACUGUCAACUCGGUGGAAGCUUUCCCAACUUAUUCCACCGGCUGACUAACCUGAGAAGACUUUCAGUGGCUGGAAACAACCUUAUUGGUACCAUCCCGCCUUCUCUUUAUAAUUGUUCAUCUUUAGAAGAACUGAGGCUCUUUGAUAAUAAACUCACUGGUAGAUUACCCAAAAAUCUGGGUUCAAUGAUGCCUCAUCUUGUAGAACUUUGGUUCUCAAAUAAUCAUAUCCAAGGAAAUUUAUUGUCUAUCCCAGCAACACUUCAUGUGCUCAACUUGGGUUCUAAUAAUUUGUGGGGGGAAUUACCUUCUCUCUCAAAUGGUUCGUCUGCAUUAAUUUUGGACCUAUCAAAUAAUUAUUUUGUGGGAUCAGUACAUAAUUUGGUUUGCUCCAACGGGGUGAACACGAUCGAGUUUGUUGAUUUGGGAUAUAAUCAGUUGUCAGGUGUUAUUCCGGAGUGUUGGGAGAAGUGGUCGAGCUUGAAAGUCUUACAAUUAAGUUGUAAUAAUUUGUCUGGUGAGAUUCCAAGAACAUUGGGCUCUGUACCUUUGUUGCAAUUACUGGGCAUGAGUGGGAACAAGAUUUCAGGAAGCUUACCUUCUUCCCUAAUGAAUCUUUCAUACUUAAAGAUCCUUGGACUUAAUAAAAAUAAUCUUGUAGGAAUCAUUCCACCAUGGAUUGGAACAAAACUCACUAUGUUGAAAAUUCUCAAUCUUAGAUCCAACAAUUUUUACGGGAAUACUCCUAACCAGCUAUGUUAUCUUUCACAUGUUCAAAUGUUGGAUCUCUCUCAUAAUAACCUCUCAGGAAAUAUUCCUAGAUGUUUCAACAACUUUAGUGUGCUUUCGGGCAAAGAAACUAAUUUAGAGGUUCGAUUUUCAUUCAAUUUUGGCAGUAUUGUUUAUUUUGUUCGUGAUUUAUUGGUGAUGAAGGGACGAGAAGACACUUAUGGAUCUAUCCUAGGACUAGUCACGCUUUUGGACCUUUCGAGCAAUAAUUUGUCUGGGCAGAUCCCUAGUGAGCUCACGACCCUCCACAAUUUACAAUCACUAAAUUUAUCAAGAAAUCAACUGACAGGAGAGAUACCAAAUAAGAUUGGAGCCAUGAAAUCACUUGAAUCGUUUGAUUUAUCAGUAAACAAUCUUUCUGGGGAACUUCCUAUGAGUUUGUUAGGGUUGAAUUUCUUGAGUAGCUUUAACGUGUCCUACAACAAUUUGACAGGAAGAAUUCCAACAGGUACGCAAAUUCAAAGCUUCAGUGAGUCCAGUUUCUUUGGAAACAAACUUUGUGGAUCUCCACUUACUAAUGAUUGUGGACAUGUUGACAAACCUGAUACCACAAGCCACCAAAAAGAAGUCGCUGGAUCACACAAAGUAGAUUGGGGGUUGAUUAUUAGCAUAGUGCUUGGAUUUAUUACUGGGUUUUGGGUCAUUGUGGUUUCAUUGAUACUCAAUAGAUCAUGGAGAAUCACGUAUUUCCGUCUCAUGAGGAAAUUGAUCAAGGUAUAAGGUUUAUGAUGUUAUGCAUAAAUAUUAUUGUGAUGAUGGUUUCCUUUCUGUUUGGUUGUAUUUUGGGGCUUCCCUUGGCUUCUUGCUAGGGGAGUCAUGUGUGGUUG